AUGGUUAUGGGUGGUAGUUGGAAGGCGGCAAUGAUAAUGUCAUCGUCGUUGAGUCACGUCCGUCCGCUAACAUGCGCAUCAUUAUCACGAAUAGCUCCUCAUCCACACGACCUCAUCAAAUGGGUAACCAGAGAAGGUGGUUUCGUUCAUCGUGCGGUUAAGAUUGCUCAAUUUGACUCCUCCAAUGGUUUAGGGUUAGUCGCUAAGGAACAAAUCCCAAUUGGCACUGACCUAAUUGUUCUCCCUCAACAUAUUCCUUUGCAUUUCACUUCUCAUGACUCUGAUUCUCUCCUCCUUCAAUUGUCCUCCAAUGUUCCCGAUGAACUAUGGGCAAUGAAACUGGGUCUGAAGCUUCUACAUGAAAGGGCAAAACUUGGAUCUUUUUGGUGGCCAUACAUCAGCAAUCUCCCACAAACUUACACUCUUCCUAUCUUUUUUCCCGGGGAAGACAUUAAGAAUUUGCAGUAUGCUCCUAUUCUUCACCAGGUAAACAAAAGAUGCAGAUUUCUUCUCGAUUUUGAGCAACAAGUCAAGCGUGCAUUAGUCGGUCUUACACCAGAUAAACAUCCUUUUGGUGGCCAAGAGGUAGAUGCUUCAUCUCUUGGAUGGGCGAUGUCAGCAGUCUCAUCUAGAGCAUUCAAGUUGCAUGGUAACAAGCAAUCAAAUGGGAUAGACUUCGACAUACCCAUGAUGCUCCCUCUAAUUGACAUGUGUAAUCAUAGUUUUAAUCCGAAUGCUAGAAUUGUUCAGGAACAAGAAACUGGUAGCACAAAGAUGCGGGUGAAGGUUGUGGCUGAGAAAGUAAUCAAGGAAGAUGAUCCUUUAUUGCUUUGCUAUGGAUGUUUAAGCAAUGAUCUUUUCCUUCUUGAUUAUGGAUUUAUGAUACAAUCAAACCCUUAUGACUGUAUUGAGCUUAAAUAUGAUGGUGCUCUUUUGGAUGCUGCAAGCAUGGCAGCUGGAGUUUCUUCACCAAACUUCUCCACACCUGCUCCAUGGCAGCAACUUAUUUUAUCUCAGCUAAAUCUAGCUGGAGAAUCUCCAAAUCUCAAGGUGAGCUUAGGUGGUCAAGAAAUAAUAGAAGGGCGCUUGUUGGCAGCACUGAGAGUACUCCUUGCAAGUGAUAUGGAAAGUGUACAAAAGCAUGACCUCAACACACUCAAGUCUUUAGAUGCUGAGGCUCCUCUUGGUGUUGCAAAUGAUAUCGCUGUAUUUCGUACCUUGAUUGCUCUGUGUGUCAUUGCACUGGAACACUUUCCCACCAAAUUAGUGGAUGAUGAAACUUUAUUGAAGCAGGGUGCUUCAGGUUCAACAGAGUUAGCCAUUCAGUUCAGAAUCCAAAAGAAGUCUGUAAUUAUAGAUGUAAUGAGAAACCUCUCAAGGAAGGUAAAGCUUCUUUCAUCAAAAGGGACAGUUACUGCUGAAGGCUAAGUGAUAUUUGAACACUCUGUCAUGAAUGAAUCUCAUGUCUUUUUGUUUUAUUUAAGGACGUGAAUCCUCUUAUGUCUUGUCAUGUGAAAUUUGUUAGUAUCUUUCUCUUCAGAGAUAGUAUCAAAUGAUUGAGAUCAUAUCAAAAGUUAUUCAUAGUACUUAUGAAGAGACAUAGUACAAAUACAAGAUUUCACUUGAUAUACUCGCAUGAAUUUUGACUAUAUUAUGUUUUCUGUCAAGAUACUCAUUGUAUUUUAAUUCUACUACAUUAUUCUAUUGCAGUCAAUCA